GCUGCCAGCGCCUGUCACCUCUCCCAGAGCCAAGACGAGGCAGUGGAGGCAGCGGUGGCAGGGGCUGCGGGAGCAAGUGACCAGGAGCAGGACUGGGGACAGAUCAUCACGCCUGGGAGUUGCGGGAGCAGGUGCGCUGCCUCGGAGUCCCGCGCCUGAUCGCCCCUGCACGAACCAGACCCUUCGCCGCCCUCACGAUGACUACCUCUCCGAUCCUGCAGCUGCUGCUGCGGCUCUCACUGUGGGGGCUGCUGCUCCGGAGGGCGGAGACAGGCUCUGAGGGGCAGACGGCGGGGGAGCUGUACCAGCGCUGGGAACGGUACCGCAGGGAGUGCCAGGAGACCUUGGCAGCCGUGGAACUGCCUUCAGGCCUCGCCUGUAACGGGUCCUUCGAUAUGUACGUCUGCUGGGACUAUGCUGCACCCAACGCCACUGCCCGUGCGUCCUGCCCCUGGUACCUGCCCUGGCACCACCACGUGGCUGCAGGUUUCGUCCUCCGCCAGUGUGGCAGUGAUGGCCAGUGGGGACUUUGGAGAGACCAUACACAAUGUGAGAACCCAGAGAAGAAUGAGGCCUUUUUGGACCAAAGGCUCAUCUUGGAGCGGUUGCAGGUCAUGUACACUGUUGGCUACUCCCUGUCUCUCGCCACACUGCUGCUAGCCCUGCUCAUCUUGAGUUUGUUCAGGCGACUACAUUGCACUAGAAACUAUAUCCACAUCAACCUGUUCACGUCUUUCAUGCUGCGAGCGGCGGCCAUUCUCAGCCGAGACCGUCUACUACCUCGACCUGGCCCCUACCUUGGGGACCAGGCCCCUGUGCUGUGGAACCAGGCCCUCGCUGCCUGCCGCACGGCCCAGAUCGUGACCCAGUACUGCGUGGGUGCCAACUACACGUGGCUGCUGGUGGAGGGCGUCUACCUGCACAGUCUCCUGGUGCUCGUGGGAGGCUCCGAGGAGGGCCACUUCCGCUACUACCUGCUCCUCGGCUGGGGGGCCCCCGCGCUUUUCGUCAUUCCCUGGAUGAUCGUCAGGUACCUGUACGAGAACACGCAGUGCUGGGAGCGCAACGAAGUCAAGGCCAUUUGGUGGAUUAUACGGACCCCCAUCCUCAUGACCAUCUUGGUAGGAUCGGUCCCGCCUCCACCAGGCCGUCCUCAGGGAUUUCCCAUUCUGGGAAGUGGGGUGCCACCUCCUCCUGCCCCUCCGGAAUGGGAUCGCGGCUGGCUUAGCCCUUAUCUCUCCCCACAGAUUAAUUUCCUCAUUUUUAUCCGCAUUCUUGGCAUUCUCCUGUCCAAGCUGAGGACACGGCAAAUGCGCUGCCGGGAUUACCGGCUGAGGCUGGCUCGCUCCACGCUGACGCUCGUGCCCCUGCUGGGUGUCCACGAGGUGGUGUUUGCUCCCGUGACAGAGGAACAGGCCCGGGGCGCCCUGCGCUUCGCCAAGCUCGGCUUUGAGAUCUUCCUCAGCUCCUUCCAGGGCUUCCUGGUCAGCGUCCUCUACUGCUUCAUCAACAAGGAGGUGCAGUCGGAGAUCCGCCGUGGCUGGCACCACUGCCGCCUGCGCCGCAGCCUGGGCGAGGAGCAACGCCAGCUCCCGGAGCGCGCCUUCCGGGCCCUGCCCUCCGGCUCCGGCCCCGGCGAGGUCUCCACCGGCCGCGGCUUGUCCUCGGGGACCCUCCCAGGGCCUGGGAAAGAGGCCAGCCGGGAGUUGGAAAGUUACUGCUAGGGGGCGGGAUCCCCGUGUCUGUUCAGUUAGCAUGGAUUUAUUGAGCGCCAACUUCGUGCCAGGCCCAGUAUGGAGGACGCUGGGGAAAUGGUGAAGGAAACAGAAAAAAGGUCCCUGCCCUUCUGGAGAUGACAACUGAGGGGGGAAAACAGACCGUGAACACAAAACAUCAAGUUCCACACACGCUAUGGAAUGGUUAUGAUGAAGGGAAGCGAGAAGGGGGCCUAGGGUGGUCUGGGAGGCGUCUCCAAGGAGGUGACACUUAAGCCAUCCCAGAAAGAGGUGAAAGAGAUCACUCUGGUGAGAGCUGGAGAACAGGAUUCUAGGCGGAAGCGAUAGCAUAGGCAAAGGCCCUUGGGCAGGCAGGCGCUCAGCCUUGGCUGGAGUAGAAUUAAGUCAGAGCCAACAGGUGGGGAGAGAGAGAGAAGUGGGCAGGGGCACCCAAGUUGGGAUUUCAUUUCAGGUGCAUUGGAGAUUCUUAGGAGUGUCUCUUGGAGGUAAUAUUUUAUUUUUUAAAAAAUGAGACAGGAUGUCACUGUUACCCAGGUUGGUCUUGAACUCCUGGGCUCAAGCAAUCCUCCCACCAUGGGUCUCCCAAAGUGCUGGGAUUACAGGCGUGAGCCACUGCACCUGGCCUUUUUUUUUUUUUGAAACGGAGUCUCAACUCUGUUGCCCAGGCUGGAGUGCAGUGGUGUGAUUUCAGCUCACUGCAGCCUCCAGCUCCCGAGUUCAAGCCUCCCCAGUGCUGGGAUUACAGGCACCGCCACCACACCUGGCUAAUUUUUGUAUUUUCAGUAGAGAUGGGGUUUCCCCAUGUUGGCCAGGCUGGUCUGGAACUCCUGACCUCAAGUGAUCCACCCACCUCAGCCUCCCAAAGUGCUGGGAUUACAGGCGUGAGCCACCAUGCCCGGCCCAAAUGGGCUAAUGUUUUGUUUUGUUUUGUUUUUGUUUUUUUUUUUGAGACGGAGUCUUGCCCUGUCCCCAAGGCUGGAGUGCAGUGGCGCAGUAUCUGCUCACUUCAAGCUCUGCCUCCCGGGUUCACGCCAUUCUCCUGCCUCAGCCUCCCUAGUAGCUGGGACUACAGGCGCCCGCCACUACGCCCGGCUAAUUUUUUGUACUUUUAGUAAAGAUGGGGUUUCACCGAGUUAGCCAGGAUGGUCUCGAUCUCCUGACCUUGUGAUCCACCCGCCUCGGCCUCCCAAAGUGCUGGGAUUACAGGCGUGAGCCACAGCGCCCAGCGGGCUAAUGUUUUAAACAGAUCCUUCUUGUCUGCCCUGUAGAAGGACAAAUUAUCAGGGGCAGGGGUGGAAGCUGGAGCCCAGAAAGGAGGGGACUGCAGGUGGGAAGUGACAGUGGCUGGAGCAGGAUGGAGGCCACUGAGGGGUAUGAAGCAGUCGGAUUUGAAGCUGUUUCAAAGGUGGAGGUGAGAGGAUUUCAUGAAGGAUCACAUGAGGACACAGCAGCAGAGAGGACUCCUUGGUUUUGGAUGAUGGAGAGACUAAAGAUAGGGAGAUUGGGUUCAGGCAGGGGGAGAACCAUGUGUGCUCUUUGGAAAGGUUAGGCUGGCAGUGUUUGUAGGACAGGACACUGAGUGUAAGGGUCUGGAGCUCUCAGGAGAGGGGCGAGCUGGAGAGAGUAAUGUGAGAGGCACUGGGUCCCGAGAGGGUGAUUUGGUGUGGACCGGAGCACAGGUGAGGGAAGGCAGGCCUCGCAGCUGAAACCUUAUAUCCAGAGCAGCCAGGGCCACUGCUGGCUGCGGAGUGAGGAUGCAUAUCCCCACUGUCCUUAGAUGGGCGGCCCCUGGGACCUGGGAGAAUGAGGGGGCAUGCUGACAGUCUCAUUGUAGCUGGACCACCUGUAUAUACACUCACAGGACCCUCAUCCCUAAAUCCUCCCCCUACACAUAUGCACACUUAGUUACUAUAUGGGUGUUGUCGAGCAUUUUCCCUGGGGUCUGUGGCUCCCUGGACCGAUGUGCCCCAAAGCUGAACUCAGCCUUUUCAAGCUUGCAGCCCUGCUGCCCAAUUCCCCUACACCCUGCCUUGUGGGUUCUCGUGGGGUGGGGGCCUUAGGGCAGGGCCUUGUAAAUAAAGUAUAAGAAACAGUU